CCAUUCACUACUGUGUCAAACGGAGUUCUCUACGACCUCCAUGGCAGCAGACUCAUGGACGGAGAAGGUCUUAACGAAGACCCUGCUCAAGAGCAUCACCCUGUCAGAUAUUGCCAUCUCCAUCGCCGGACUCUUCGUCUUCAGCUCUGUCAUGAACAGGCUGUCCUCCAAAGGCUUCAUGCAGUGGCCUUUGCUGGGCUGCCUCCCUUCUCUCUCCCUUCACUUGCAUGAAAUCUUCGAAUACAUCACCAAGACCCUCUCGGAGGCAGGUGGAACCUUCCCCUACAGGGGCCUAUGGAAGAGCGGUGCGUUCGGGUUCAUCACAAUGGACCCAGCCAACGUCGAGCACAUGCUGAAGACCAACUUCAAGAACUACCCCAAGGGGAAGUACUAUAGAGAGAGGUUCUCCGAGCUGCUCGGCGACGGCAUCUUCAACGCCGACGACGAGAUGUGGAAGGUGCAGAGGAGGGCGGCGAGCGGAGAGAUGCAUUCGGCGAGGUUCGUGGAGUACUCGGCCAAGACCAUCGAGGAACUGACGCACAACAAGCUCAUCAAGCUCGCCGAGAAGCUCAGCAGGGACGGCCGGAGCGUCGACCUGCAGGACAUGUUCCUCCGCUUCACGUUCGAUAAUAUAUGCAUGGCAGCGUUAGGUGUCGACCUGGAAUGCCUCAACAUCGAGCUCCCUGAGGUGCCCUUUGCGCGAGCGUUCGAGCAAGCGACAGAGUACUCUCUGUUCAGGUUCACGGUUCCACCCUUCGUCUGGAAGGUAAUGAGGUACUUACAGGUCGGCUCAGAGAGACAGCUGAGGGCAGCAGUCGAGGUCGUCCAUGAAUUUGCGGAGAAGACGGUAUUGAGUCGACGGAUGGAGCGGAAGAAGCUCGGUGGGCUGAGCCAUCGGUCGGAACUCUUAUCAAACCUCAUGGAGGCCAAUACCCAUCUCUAUUCCGACAAGUUCUUAAGGGAUUUCUGCAUAAGCUUUAUCCUUGCCGGCAGAGACACCAGCUCCGUCGCACUGGCAUGGUUCUUCUGGCUCCUUAACAAAAACCCAGAUGUAGAAAGCAAAAUCCUUGAUGAACUAGUGGCGAUUCUAAAGCAGAGAGUCAAUCUUGGUCUGGUGGAUGCCAAGAGUGUAGUCUUCACAACAAAUGAAUUGAAGAAGAUGGAAUACCUGCAGGCUGCAUUGUCAGAGUCUCUGAGACUGUACCCCUCGGUUCCCAUAGACUUCAAGGAAGCACUGAACGAUGAUGUUCUCCCGGACGGGAACAAAAUAAAGAAAGGUGCAAGGAUUUUCUAUUGCAUAUACUCGAUGGGCAGGAUGGAAUCGAUAUGGGGAAAGGACUGUAGGGAGUUCAAUCCGGGGAGGUGGAUCAAGGAAGGGAAGUUCGUGAGUGAAAGCCAGUUCAAAUAUGCUGUAUUCAAUGCAGGGCCGAGGCUGUGCUUAGGGAAGAAGUUUGCCUACCACCAGAUGAAGAUGGUGGCUGCUUCCCUUCUGAUGAGAUACUCAGUCUGUGUUGUUAAGGACCAUCCUGUGGAGCCCAAAUUGACUACUACCCUCUACAUGAAGCAUGGACUCAAAGUCUGGUUCAAACCAAGGCUAGAGUUGCCACAGCUCCAGGCAUCAUGAUCGAUUGCAUUUUGCAAAGUGUGAUGGGUGGUGUUGCUUCAAUUAUCUGCAAUCUUGCAGUUCGCAUUCAUUACAGAAGUUGCGUGUUUGGGUUUUGUUUCUGUAGAUUGAUUUACUUAUUGUUAUGUCUGGUCAUAUGCCCGUGCUUAUAUUAUCACAUACAUUAUGCACAUAUGGUAUAUGAAUUUUCCAUGAACAGAAAUUUAUACUGUUCUAGUCCCGCCU